GAUCAAACCUUGAUCUUACAGUUCUUGCGUGGAAGACCUAUACGUACUGGUACCAUACGGUCAUUUCCGCGAUUUUUACGUUGGCGAAAUGUUGCAGUGCGCAAGGAUAAAAUACUGAAAGCAUUUGAAGACAAUCGUGUACUUGAGAAGUUGGCUGCCACAAGUGAAGAGCUACAGUAUGAUGUUGUGAUGGAAGCAAUGCAAAAGGCACCAAGCGGGUUUCCCCAUUGGCACAAGCUGAGUUUUUAUGCGGAGAGAGAGACAUGUAAACAUCAGGUCAUAGUUGCACACAAGGAGAUUAAGGAAAGGAUGUCUUUUAUUCAAAAUGAUUUGAUGAUGAUCAAGAAAGUUCUUCCACCAACGGUUGAGUCAAGCCCACAAACUAUUAAUUACACAUGUGAGGAUGAAGCAAACACAUGGUGUGACGAUAAUCGUAGUUCGGCCAAAGAUCAUGAUGAAUGCCACAUUGAGGAACAAAAUCUGCAAGUAAUAUCCAACAUAUACACACGUCUUAAGGAUGAACCAAGAAAGCGCAUAGAAAGUGCAGUAACUAGAUCACCUUGGACUACAUAUCAAAGGAGACGCAACAAGGGCAAGGAGGUUAAAGCUGGAAACUUGUAACAGUUUUUGUUAAGUUCUUUUUUGAAGAGAAUGUUUUAGGUAGAAAAUCUUUGUUAAUUAAUGGGGUAACUUUGAUGUACUAUGUAGAUGCACCAUCUAUAGUGGUUUUGUUUUGUCCAUUGAGAAUAGGAGUCCUAAUCCUAUUCAUGUGUUUUAGACAUAUAUUUGUAGCCUUUAUUAAGAGUAAUUACCCGCAAAGUCAAACAUUACUACCCAAGUAUAUGUAAUUGAUACUUUGUUAUGUGCCACUGAGAU